UUUUUACCCCCAUUUCUGCGCAACGCAUUGCUCACUAAAAGACGCAAAUCCGAUCCAAUUUGAUCUUUUCGUCAUUUCCGACUCGCUUCUAUCGGGUACAGUGUUUUAAUUCUCGUCCUUUUGCGACCGAGUGGAUGUUUUUUUUCCUCGGAUCAGUGAGGCCAUCAUAGAUGUGCCAUCUAGAGACUUUGCACAUCAUCAUUCUUAUCCUCCUCUUCUUCCUCUGCUCCUUUUCGACGCGACUUGAGACUUCCGAACUCUAUAAAUCGAAGAAGGAGGAGUCUUAACUUCUUUUUGUAAGGGUGGGAACUUUGAUUUUUUUUUUUUUUUUUUGCUCGGACGAGUUGUGAUGAUGAUGAUGAUGAUGUCUGUGAACAGCAGUAGCAAGCAGGCGUUCGUAAUGCCUCACACCUCUUUACCAGAGCCCAAGUACUCAUCCUUGCAUUCUUCUUCUACUGCGACUUCUUCGUCUUCUUCAGCCUCAUCGACCUCGUCCUCCACUUUGACUUCGGACUCGCACCCGUCGUCCUGCUCGUCCUCUCGGCACAGCAGCAUCAUCAGCACCAGCAUCAGCAGCAGCGUGAGCUCGGAGGCAAUGCGCCGAGCGGGUCUCCCGACCCCACCGAGCAACAUAUUCGGCGGCUUGGAUGAGAGUCUACUGGCCCGCGCCGAAGCUCUGGCGGCGGUGGACAUCGUCUCACAGACCAAAAGUCACCACCAACACCAGCAGCACCACCACCACCCUCACCACCCUCCGCAUCCUCACCAGUCUCACCCUCCACCUCACCACAGCCCCUUUAAGCCGGACGCGACAUACCACGCCAUGAACGCGUUGCCGUGCACCUCCUCGACGUCCUCGUCCUCGACGUCCUCUUCGUCCGUGCCAAUCUCUCACCCGUCUGCGCUGGGCGGAGGAGGCAACGGAGGCCACCACCACCACCAUCAUCACCAUCACCACCACCACCCUCAGUCUCACCAAGCGCUGGAAGGGGAGCUCCUCGAACACCUCAGCCCUGGCCUGGCGCUCGCUGGUGCAGCCAUGGACGGCUCGGUGGUGUCCACACCAGCGGCCCACAUGGCCGGCGUGAACCACCCCAUGCACCAGGCAGCCAUCAACAUGGCGGCGGCGGCGGCGGCGCACGCUCACGCCCACGCGCACGCCCACGCCCACGCGCACGCCCACGCACUCCCGUCUGCUCACCACCUGGGCUGCCCGAGCGACGUGGACGCCGAUCCGCGUGACCUGGAAGCGUUCGCCGAGCGCUUCAAGCAGCGGCGCAUCAAGCUCGGCGUAACGCAGGCGGACGUGGGCGCGGCGCUCGCCAACCUCAAGAUCCCAGGCGUGGGCUCGCUCAGCCAGAGCACAAUCUGCCGCUUCGAGUCGCUCACACUGUCGCACAACAACAUGAUCGCGCUCAAGCCCAUUCUCCAGGCGUGGCUCGACGAGGCCGAGAAGUCGCACCGCGAGAAGCUCAGCAAGCCCGAGCUCUUCAACGGCGCCGAGAAGAAGCGGAAGCGCACGUCCAUCGCGGCGCCCGAGAAGCGCUCUCUCGAGGCCUACUUCGCCAUCCAGCCUCGGCCCUCGUCCGAAAAAAUCGCCGCCAUUGCUGAAAAGCUGGACCUCAAAAAGAACGUAGUGCGCGUCUGGUUCUGCAACCAGAGGCAGAAACAAAAACGCAUGAAAUACUCCGCGUGCGUGUAAAAAGAAAAAAAAAAAAGAAAAAAGAAAAGAAAAGAAAAAAAAAAGAAUAAAGUUUCACUCUUUUAAAAGACUUCACGAACUGUUUGUAUAACAUUUCUUAUCCUCACAUCUUUUUAUUUUUAUUUUUAAUUUUCCCCUGAAUCAUUCAUGACUCGUGCACUGAAGCAGACUGUCACUCUGACUGAAAACACCAAAAUCACUGUCACGACAAAAGCGGAUGUGGAGGCAUUUUUAAAGGACCGGACCAAGUAAGACCUUGUUUUUCCCCUUUUGAUAUUUAACAUGGUCAUAAUUUCAGAUGAGUGUGACUCUCCAAAGCCUCAAUCAAAUUGUUUUUCGGGCAAUUUCCGUGUAGAAGAGCUAAGGAUGGACGGUAAAUAUAUUAAAUAGUAAUGAAUGAGAACGUUGCGUCAAAAAGAGGACAAAUAUCCACAAAUAAGACUUUUUUUAUAUCAAUUAUAUGAGUGAUAACAUUAGACUUAAGGAUGAAUGUGAAAUUGAAGAGGUUGAAAUUGUUUGGAUUAUUUGCGUUUGUUUUUCUGGAGCAAUUUGUCAAUGCCA